AUGGAAGACACGCUCUCGAAUGACUCGCUGGCUAGCCAGCCUGCGAAAGAUAUCCCCGUUCUUCAAUCGCCCGCCUCCUACCACCAGCAACAGCGAAAAGAUGCCGCCAGGGCAAAAGAGAAUAGGCCAGGCCCGAAGCUGCGAAACGUCUCGGCCCCGAAAAAGAGCGAUGCGAUCCUCAUUGAGCUUCAACGCGGCGCCCCGACGGAUGAUUCUCGACUGAAAAUGGCGUCAGCAAAGACACAUGGCCAGAAGGAGCUGUCGCGGCAGCGGAAUAAAUACUACCAUGAGGCUUUUGGGUUGAGGGAGCCGUACCACAGCUCGCGCAAUCGAGUGAAUCAAGAUUCUAUUAUUGUGGUAGAGAUAAAGACAAACCUUGAGCUAGAAGAUGCUCCCAAGGUCAUCUCGGAUAUGACGUUUAAUUUUGCUCAGAUUCUUCAACGCCCCGAAAGCUCUAUGAUGAUAGUUCUGGACGAUAGUACCUUGCUUAGAUUCGGGGCGACCGCAGAGCCCGCGUAUCUGAUGAAGGUCUCCGCGCUGUCGCAAAUGAUCGCACCAAUGAUGAAUAUGCGCCAUACGGCACUGAUGCAGGCUGCUAUGGCUGAAAUCUUGGAUAUCCCCAAAGAUCGAGGCGUUAUCAAAUUUGAGUCAAUGUCAGAAGAAAACUUUGCUACCAACGGCUCGACCAUCAAGGAUGAAAUACAGCAGCUCGAUCGAGCCUCGCAUGAAGAUACAGGCCUUAUAAAGACCCUAUCUCAGUCAAUGACCAGGAAAAAUAAAUCGAGCGUGAAGAAGCCACCUACACCUGUGGAGCAAAUACAUUCUUCCCCGCUCGCCCAGACCCAAAAAGUACAGAUAGACAGUGGUUCUCGUGCUAAUGGCGCCUCUCGAACGUCUCCCACUGCACCUGACGCCGAGAAACGGAUAAAGAAGUACAAGAGCCUUGCGAAAUUGUUUUCUCAUUGA